AUGUCAACUUGUCCACCCAUCAAUGCCCCAGGCGAGGAUGGAAUACAUUGGGAUACACACAGGAUAGGAUGGGCAGUAGCAGGAGGUUGUGCGGCUCUGACACCCAAUUCAUAUCAACGUUUAGCCGAUAACAACGUAUCUCCUAAUCAAAAUUCUCGACCAUUACCUGAUUUUUCUCAAAAGUUUGAUACUUCUCAAUCUCAAAACCCAACACAAUACCCAUUUCCUAAAUAUCCACCUCAACCUACUACCUAUCCUCCCAUUUCGACCCAAACAGAAAGUCAUCAAAAUGGUCAAGAUCCAGUUCAAAUGCCUUCUCCACAUCCAUUUGCUUUACCACAAAACCAGAAUAAUCAAUCUCAUUUAUCCCCACCAUCAGAUUACGGACGUAUGAAUAGUUAUAACAGUGGAUUAAGUUCAAAUACUGGUAAUACGCAAUAUAUGACACCUAAUCAAACACCUGACGGUAGAGAUUCUUUCGUUUCUGCUUCGGCAACUACUUUCCCUAAUGCCAGACCGACGGGACAAGGACUCAUUUCAGGUCAAAGUCAAGGGGAUGGACAAGGAUGGAGUCAACAAUCACAGCCACAACAACGUACAGUAUGGAAUGAACAAGGACAAGAAGGAUUGGAAGGAAAUAGAAGAAUAGAAGAGCAAAGGUUUAAACCUCAUUUACAAUAUCCACCACCACCUCAUUUAUCACGACAAUCGGUAGAACCUCCUACAUACACUGCUGAACGUUCGGAGAGUGAUCAAGUUAGAUGGUCACAAGGAUCUGAAAAUGGUAUACCUGGGAAUCCAAGGUUGUAUUGA